AUGAAAAAAAAUUCAAUAUUUUUUAUUAUAUUUGUAUUAUAUUGGGGAAAUACUCAGGCCUACAUUUAUUUCUGGAGAUCAGACUAUGAUGUAAAUGUAUCAUUUAUUCACUCAAGGACAAAUGCAUGGGAUAUUGUUUACAAUAACUACGAAACAUUCAGUACAAUGUCUACAAAUACACUAUCUAGAUUAGGAACAUCUCCAUCUACUGUAGGAAGUUCGCUACUGUACCCAAAAAAAGUGAGGCCUGUAGGAACAUUUCCACUGCAAAUCAGUCAAACAAUGCUUAUUCUAUUAACUAUAUCUGUAAUUUUGAGUAUCAUAGUUGGAAUUAUGUGCUGCUACUAUUUAGUAUCUCAAAAGGAUGAUUUUUCAAAAGUGCCAAAUGGAUAUCUCAAAUUUGUAGGUGAAAACCGUCCAAACUCGUUUGAAAAUGUGUACAAACAAGAUGCUAAUAUGAGACACUACUUACUGGGGAACACUAGUAUAUAG